AUGCUGCCCCUUCAGGGUGGAGCCCAACAUCAGGCUCCUGGGCAGCAUCUCCAGCAGCAUCAGCCUCCGCCGGCACAACACCUUGGGCAGCAGCAACCCCAGCCCAACCAGCAGGGGCUGCAGCAGGCGGUGCCUCAUCCCCCGCCGGCCAAGCAGUCGGCGUACCAACCGCCGCCUCAGGCGGGCGGGUACAUCCACCAACCUUACGGUGGCUACGCGUACGCCCUGGUCCAACCGGCCUAUCGUUACGGGCCGCACCAGCCAUACGGAAGGUACAGCGACCAGACUCACGUGUACACGACCCCUCCGGCAUCUCUUCCCCUCCCACACAAGGUGCUGGCUGUCGACCUCAGCCAACACAAGCAGCGGAAGGACAUCGCCAACAAGGUAAAGCGCAUGAUGGGUGGUUCGACGAAGACCUUUGGGACGCCCAGCUUCCACGGACCGCUGAUCACUCCACCGCCGGAGCUGCACUUCCGGCAGAACCCUUGCCUGUUCCGUAAGAGGUUGACGGAUGCCUUCCGGAUCGUGGGCAUUGGAAUCAUCCGCCUCGAGGAGGACGCCCCGACCGCCGCAGGCGCGGGAAACGUCAUUAAAGCCUGGCCUAACGACCUUACUGCCCUCUGUUUCAGCAUCGUCUACACCAUGUUUCUUACGGUCAUUGCUGUCGCGGCUGCCAUCGCCCGCGGCCAGGAUGUCCAAGUGCAUAACCUCAACGAGAGCAUGGCGUGGCGCGUGUUCCAAGGACCGUUCCACGCGUACCUCGUGAGCGUCAUGGAGUACACCCGGCACUUGCUCCAGCAGCACCCCAUCGACUCGCACGCCCUAAGUUUCCACCACAUGCGCGCCUGCGUGGUGACCUCUGCAAGGAUUGUAACGGCAAGUUCGUCACCACCCUGGCCCAGAAUUCGACCUACUACGCUCACCCGAGCAGUCAACCGGCGGACAAGGCCAUGUCAGCGCUUCAGCCCCACUCUCAGCGCCUGCCCCCGGGCCAGGAUACCUUCUCGCGCCCAAGCCAAGCAGCACGGCUCAUCCCUUGCCGUGCUGGAAGGGAAGACUGCCCGCGUCUCGCUGCCGGUGGACCGCCAUGAUUUGACUUCGGACUCGGACGCCGACGGAGUCAACGCCCACGUUGCUGCGGUCGCGACGGCUGGGCGCGCACGCAAGGCUGCCGAGAAGGCCGACUACCCUACCCUGAAGCGUACGGCCGCUGCUACCCUCGAGAAACUCAAAAAAGCUCAGUUGGCGAAGCGUAGAGAGGCUCGAGUCCGCAAAUCGGCGGAGCAGGCCGCAGAAGAGGAGCGACAACUGUUGGCGCGAGAGCGAGUCCUGCGCGCCGAUCUGAAGAAGGAGCUUGGCGAGGAGCAGCGUCGUAGAAUCGAGACAGAGCAACGGGCGCAAGCAGCGAUCGCACGCGAGCAGGCCUCGGAGCAUCAGAGGCAGCAGCAGAGGGCUGCUGAUGGAGAGGCGGUGGCGAUCGUCCUGACCCAGCUGGGAAACUUGCGGUUGGAGAACAAAAUGCUUCAAGAUCAACAGCGCGAGAUGGUUGAGAUUUUUUGUCCACAAGCGGCAAGCGUGAUGGCGGUGCAGCAACAGCAGCACAACCGGAAUCCGCUGCUUUCCGCGAAAGACCAGCUCAUCCGCACCCGGAUGGAGGUAGAGCAAGCGAGGAGGGAGCUGGAGGCGGCGUCGGCGUGGGGAAAGGUUGCCGAGACGAGAAAUGCUAAUUUGAAUGAAAAGAACGGGCGGGUCCGCCGUCGAAGCGGGCGGGUCCGCCGUCGAACCGGUGGGGUCCGCCAUCUAUGACCGGUCGGGCUGUGGGGUACUGGCUUUUUGUGUGUGCCAGCAGCCUCAGUGAGCGCAGUGACGGGUGUCCACCUCGCGCAUUGCUGCGUGAACGCGCUUGACCAUAUUUGUCCGGUCUGUUCGUGUGUGUUCGUGUGUCUUUUUAUUUUGAUUUGAAUUCCGACCGUUUUUAUUGGUCCAAGAAGGAAGAGCGCAGUCUAUUUGCCACGAAAAGUUCACCCGGUUUGGGACACAUUUUUGGCCUGAAAAUAGGGGUAACCCCAGGGUC